AUGGCUGAAGGAACGCGAUCCUAUUCACAAGUGGUGGAUUCCUUGAAUAGUCUACGAGAGCAACAAGAUCGCCAUCAGAAGCAGCUCGAAGAUACAAUUGCUGUUCUGUUACAGCAACAAGAAAAUGCAAGAAUUGACAGAGAAAAUCAAGAUAAAAGGUUUGCAGAAGUAUUACAGCAGAUUUCGAAAAUAUCAAUCAAUGGAUCAAACGCACAGGAAGAAAUGCAUGAUGACAGUGAAGAGGUACCUGCCCGUGACCAUGUCGAUAGAGGAUUUUUUAGAAACAUCAAAGUGGAGUUUCCAAGGUUUUCUGGUGGAAAUCCAGUGGCGUGGGUGUAUAAGGCUAAUCAAUAUUUUUUGUACCAUCAAGUACCUCCCGGACAAAGAAUCUUCUUUGCUUCCUUCUAUAUGGAGGAAGAGGCCUUGGUGUGGUUUCAGAAUUCAUCUGAAGCAGGUUUAUUUCGUUCUUGGGAUGAGUUUACUCAAGCAUUGCAGGUAAGAUUUGGAUUAUCUGUUUAUGACGACCCAAUGGAGGCUCUUACAAGGUUGAAGCAAUUGAGUGCAGUAGCAGCCUAUAAGACAGAAUUUGAAUUGAUUUCUAAUAGGCUUAAGGGAAUCUCUGAGAAGAAUAAGCUAAGUUGCUUUAUAAGUGGCUUAAAAGAUGAGGUGAGAUUCGCUGUGAAGAUGUUUAAUCCUAAGAACUUAAAUGAUGCGUUUGGAUUGGCCAAGAUUCAAGAACAGAACAUUUGGAGCACUAGGAAGGUGUGGAAGAACACCUCCUAUGAUCCGGGGACUAGUAUGCAGAAACCAAUACAGGCUCAUUCAAUCUUGGGAGCACCUCCUCGAGGGCAGGCUGUUUCAAAAAUGCCUUUUCAAAGGAUCUCAGAAAAUCAGAUGCAAGAAAGGAGGAAGAAGGGGCUUUGUUACUUUUGUGAAGAGAAAUAUUAUCAAGGCCACAAGUGUGCAAAACCAAGAGUAUAUGUAUUAGAAGGUAUGGACUUAUCUCACAUGGAGCCAUGCGAAUCAGAAGAAGAACCUGAACAGUCAGAAGAAAAUGAUGAUCAACAGAUGAAAGGGGUUGCUGGUGUGGCAGCAAUUUCAGUUCAAGCCUUGGUGGGAACACCAAGUCCCAAAACAAUGAGGGUUCUUGGCCAUAUCAAGAAGAGAAGGUUAACUAUCUUAAUAGAUUCUGGUAGUACCCAUAAUUUUGUGGAUACUGCAGUAGCAAGUAAAUGUGGACUGGCAAUACAACAAUCUGAACCUUUGCAAGUCAGAAUUGCAAAUGAUGACUUGGUGGCUAGUGAAGGGAAGUGCUGUAAUGUGCCACUACUUAUACAAGGUACGACAUUUCUAUCUGAUUUACUUACCUUGAAAUUGGGUGGUUGUGACAUAGUCUUAGGAGUCCAAUGGUUGCUGUCAUUGGGCCCUAUCCUUUGGGAUUUUGGCAAAUUAAGCAUGCAGUUCACUUACAAAGGAGUUUUGACCUGUUUAAAGGCCUUAACUGCCACUUCCAGCAAUCUUGUGGAUGAUGUGGAGGUUACAAAAAUAUCUUCUAUGGAGAACAAGGGAUUAUUUUUACAAAUCACUGCAGUUCAGUCUCAAGAGGUGUUGCAUGAUGUACCUCAGGAUGUCUUGAAAUUGUUAGACAGCUUUCAGAUAGUUUUUGAUGAACCACGAGGCUUGCCUCCACAAAGGUCUCAGGACCAUCAGAUACUUCUGAAAACAGAUACUACACCAGUAAGUGUGAGGCCAUAUCGAUAUCCAUACUACCAAAAGACUGAAAUUGAAAAAAUAGUUAAAGAAUUGUUAGAAUCUGGUGUCAUCAGGCCAAGUCAGUCACCAUUUUCUUCACCUGUCCUUUUAGUGAGGAAGGGAGAUGGCUCUUGGCAAAUGUACAGAGACUAUAGAGCACUUAAUGAGGCCACAAUCAAAGCUAAAUACCUAUACCAGUAG